AUGAGCAGCGGGUCAAUGCUGCGGAAGACCUGCAGGAUGAGGAGGACCAUGAAGGCCUUCUUAGAGGAAGAUGGCCUUAAGGCGGAGCUACUCGGAGAAGACGAGAAUGAAGAGAAUGAGAUCAAGGAGCCAGAGGAAGUUGAGAAGCCACCACCUGAGGCAUCUCAGCCAAGUUCUUCCACUGGAAGGUAACUAUAAAAUGAUGCGUUAUUGUUAUGCAUCAUCAGGCCUUUAUAAAUUGGAUAAGUACUAUGUUUGUUAUAAAUAUAUUAUUGAGUAUACUAACAAUUAUCUAUUUUCUCUAGUCUUGUUUUUGUCUAUAUGUUCCUACUCCAAGUCACUGUAAGUGUAAACGCUCUGUCUUGCCCAAUAGCAUGUUUCAGUUCUAUGAUAAUGUUGAUACACAGGCACCGGAAUCCAUCCCGUUCAGGCCAGAAUGUUCAGUUGGUUUAGAUCAAGGCAGUCUGACCUUCAUCGAUACUGGGGUACAAAGUCUCUUCAGCGUUCUAGGGCUAGAGCAUUCAUAUCGCGUAAUAGCUUCAGAGCUCUGUUGGCUACUUUAUACAUUGUGGAUCAUGCCUCUGAGGAUAAUGCAGAUGGGCUUAGAAAACUGCAGUACUUACUGGACCACCUGAAAAAGAUUUGUAAAAAGCUAUAUCAGCAAACCAAAAUGUAGCCAUAGAUGAGCGCAUGGUCAAAUCAAAAGGGGCGAUCAGGAUUCAAGCAGUAUUUGAAAGGGACGCCAACUAGGUGGGGAUUUAAAUGAUGGGUCAUUGCUUCUUCUGACACAGGCUACAUUUUAAAUGUCAAUGUUUACACCGGCAGUUGGGAUGGUCGUGUGGUUGACCUAGCCAGGAAAGUGGUUGAGGAAUUAGUUGGGCCAUAUGCAAACCACAGAUACAACGUUUGGUUUGACAACUUUUAUACAUCACCCCCGCUCGUAAGUAGUCUGAGAGAACACGGUGUCAAUGCAUGUGGGACUUGUAGGGUCAACUGGAAACAGUUUCCUGAAGCUUUUAAGGACUUUCAAAAGUGGGGGGCAUCAAACCGAGUGUGGGGAUAUGAGUUGGUGUAGGAUAGGUGGCAAUGUGUUGGCCAUACAGUGGAGAGAGACACGUACUGUUACUUGCCUUUCCAAUUUUCAAAAUGCAAAUGAUUCCACUCAAGUAAAGAGGCUAGUCAGACAGGAUGGUGUUUGGAAUAGGAAAGCGGUCUGCCAGCCUGCUGUAAUCCACGAUUUAAAUAGACAGAUGGGUGGGGUUGACAAGUCUGAUCAAUUGAUCAACUCCUACAAUGUUUUGCAGAAGACCCAGAAGUGGUGGGAAACACUUUUUACACUGUGUUGACAUUGCAGUUGUCAAACUGGUUACUGCCAGAUUACAUUCUGAGAGAACCUCGCUCGUCAGUUAGGAGGUAUUGAUGUUAAUGACAGGUAUUCAUCUUUCGACAGACCUUUUGUCUGUGAAAACUGUAAGCUUAUCUUUUCACACAAAGCACAUGCCCAGUCUACAGGCCCCCUCUAGAAAUUGUUGGCUGUGUUACAGGAAAGAUAAAGGAGAACAGGACCUGGUUUGUUUGUGUGGCACUUGAAUAUGAGGGCAAACGGUGAGGACCUAAAUUGUUUUAGGUUGUGGCAUUCCAGUGAGUGUGACUCAUUGCGGAACAAGGCACUAGAGUAAAGGGACUCCAAUGUACCUCAGAUGUUCAGUAGUCAUUUUACCUGUCUUGCAUGUUUCCCCUUUCCUGCAUGUCCCCUCUCCAUUGCAUAUUUUCCCUUUCUUAUCCAAGACAUCCUUCAUGCCAACCUCCCUUUAUGUUUGAUUCAUGAUUAACGGCCUUGGGGAUGUAAAGGACGUGUAAAUGUAAUUAAUGUAAAAUAAAUGUUGUGCUUUUGGAAUGGUUCCCGUUCUGACUUUGUGUAAAUAGACAAUAUGCUAGUUGAAUGUAGAAAUUGAAGUUGUAAAAACCAAUUGUUGUUUUGUAAUUACAGUUACAUUUGGAUUAAAUUAGCCCUGAAAUGAAUUCUGUAUCAUAUUAUGGUUAUGAUAGCGAUAUAAAUUGGUCUUCAUUUUCAGGUUUGAAUGAGAAAAUGUAUUCCCCCUAAUAUUAUUAUUUUAUCACUUGUUUGUCUUUCCUUAUCAUAUGUAAAACGAAAUGCUAUUUUUAUUAUUUGGGGGUGCAGAUAUGGUUUCUAAUAUACUAUCCAGAUAAGAUAAGUGUCCGAUCACAGAACAAUCCAUAGAAUUUUAGAAAAAUAUAACCGGUCACUAAAUCAUCUAGCUCAUUCACAGUAAAAGGUAUUUCUAUUCUGAUUUCAGAUUAUCAGCUUUACAAAAUAAGGAAGACUCAAUAUUCUCUAAGUUUUUCUCUAUCGUCAUUAGAAAAAUGGGUAAAUGACAGUUGUUGGAGAAAAGCAUUGAUAUUCGUAUAAGAUAAACAUUUUCACAGGUGUUAUUUCUUGAUGGAUUACAAUUUGAUUGAUGUGGUGCUAUUGUAUGUCAAAUCAUUUGAAAGAGCUGUUUCUCAGCUUUCAAAAUAUGUAUCAUGUUUUCAUAUAAGGUUUGACACUAGCAAAUUAUUCUCAUUUAUGAACACAGAAGUCAUGAUCCAGUAAAAAAUUGAACAUUUGGGAAAGUUUUCCAUCUACCAGAAGACUCUUCAUUAGCAUCAUCGCUAACUGCUACACAAAGUGGUAGACGAGCGCACAACACAUACGCAGACAGGGAUAAUUCUCGUUGCCUCCUCAGAAAGUUGCAGGAAAUACUAAACACUGAUGCAUUCUGUUCCUGUCUUAUGAUAACAUGGGAAAAUUAAUUACUUUUCAAAACAUUUAGUUAAUUCCCUAAGUUCAACUUUUAUUUACAGUGCAUUCGGAAAUUAUUCAGAUCCUUUCCCUUUUUCCACAUUUUGUUACGUUACAGCGUUAUUCUAAAAUCGAUUAAAUUAAAUGUUUUACUCACCAAUCUACACACAAUACCCCAUAAUGACAAAGCAAAAACAGGUUUUUAGAAAUGUUGCUAAUUUAUUAAAAAUAAAAAACUGAAAUACCUUAAUUACAUAAGUAUUCAGACCCUUUGCUAUGAGAUUCGAAAUUGAGCUCAGGUGCAUCCUGUUUCCAUUGAUCAUCCUUGAGAUGUUUCUACAACUUGAUUGGAGUCCACCUGUGGUAAAUUCAAUUCAUUGGACAUGAUUUGGAAAGGCACACACCUGUCUAUAUGAGGUCCCAAAGUUGACAGUGCUUGUCAGAGCACAAACCAAGCCAUGAGGUCGAAGGAAUUGUCUGUAUAGCUCAGAGCCACAGAUCUGGGGAAGGGUACCAAAACAUUUCUCCAGCAUUGAAGGUCCCCAGGAGCACAGUGACCUCCAUCAUUCUUAAAUGGAAGAAGUUUGGAACCACCAAGACUCUUCCUAGAGCUAGCCGCCCGGCCAAACUGAGCAAUCAGGGGAGACCCGAUGGUCACUCUGACAAAGCUCCAGAGUUCCUCUGUGGAGAUGGGAGAACCUUCCAGAAGGACAACCAUCUCUGCAGCACUCCACCAAUCAGGCCUUUAUGGUAGAGUGGCCAGAUGGAAGCCACUCCUCAGUAAAAGGCAUAUGACAGCCCGCUUGGAGUUUGCCAAAAGGCACCUAAAGGACUCUCAGACCUUGAGAAACAAGAUUCUCUGGUCUGAUGAAACCAAGAUUGAACUCUUUGGCCUGAAUGCCAAGCGUCACGUCUGGGGGAAACAUGGUGGUGGCAGCAUCAUACUGUGAGGAUGUUUUUCAGCGGCAGGGACUGGGAGACUAGUCAGGAUCUAGGGAAAGAUGAACGAAGGAAAGUACAGAGAGAUUAUUGAUGAAGACCUGCUCCAGCGCACUCAGGACCUCAGACUGGGGCGAAGGUUCACCUUCCAACAGGACAACAACCCUAAGCACACAGCCAAGACAACACAUGAGUGGCUUCGGGACAAGUCUCUGAAUGUCCUUGAGUGGCCCAGCAAGAGCCCGGACUUGAACCCAAUCGAACAUCUCUGGAGGGACCUGAAAAUAGCUGUGCAGCAUCGCUCCCCAUCCAUCCUGACAGAGCUUGAGAGGAUCUGCAAAGAAGAAUGGGAAAAACUCCCCAAAUACAGGUGUGCCAAGCUUGUAACGUCAUAACCAAGAAGACUCGAGGCUGUAAUCACUGCCAAAGGUGCUUCAACAAAGUACUGAGUAAAGGGUCUGAAUACUUAUGUUAAUUUUAUUUCCGUUUUUAAUUUUUCAUGAAUUUGCAAAAAUUUCUAAAAACCUGUUUUUGCUUUGUCAUUAUGGGGUAUUUUGUGUAGAUUGAUGAGGGGGAAAAAACGACUUAAUCAAUUUUAGAAUAAGGCCAUAAGGUAACAAAAUGUGGAAAAAGUACACUGUAUUUUUUAUUUUACCCUUAUUUUCCCAGAUAGGUUGACUGAGAACACUCAUUUACAGCAACGGCCUGGGGAAUAGUUACAGGGGAGAGGGGGGGGGGGGGGGGGGGGAUGAAUAAGACAAUUGGAAGCUGGGGAUGAUUAGGUGGCCAUGAUGGUAUGAGGGCCAGAUUGUAGCCAGGACACCCCUACUCUUAUGAUAAAUGCCAUGGGAUCUUUAGUGACCACAGAGAGUUAGGACACCCGUUUAACGUCCCAUCCGAAAGACGGCACCCUACACAGGGCAAUGUCCCCAAUCACUGCCCUGGGGCAUUGGGAUCUUCUUCUUUUUUUUUGACCAGUGGAAAGAGUGCCUCCUACUGGCCUUCCAGUAGCAUCUGGUCUCCCAUCCAGGGACAGACCCUGCUUAGCUUCAGUGGCAAGCCAGUAGUGUGAUGCAGGGUGGUACGUUGAUGAAUUCCUUUUUAAUGUCUGGAAAUGACUUAGGAAUGACUUAGGUAAGCUGCAGCCGCCUUAGGCAUGACUCAAUAUAAUAAUGAGGCUACCUCUUGACUCAGACCUAUAAGCAAGUCUAGGCUGAUUAAGUAAGCUAAAUCAUUGGUAAUAUCUCAUAAAAAGGGUGAUGGGGUACAAAUAUGCAAGGGUAAAUCCAUUUGAAUUCAAGCACCUUUUGACAGCAUGCCUUUUGAUUUAAAACAAAAAACUUUCCAUACAUGUAUGGCCAUGGAAGAAGUGGUCAGAAAGUGACUUGAGGAAAAAAAAAAUCAGUUUUUACACAAUUUACAUUUAAGGUAUAAAACAAAAACAUUUUUUUUUAUUAAAACACAUUUUUUCAAUAAAUUAUUAAAUAGUUUGACAAUCCUGUUUGUAAACUUUUAAAUUAUAUAAAUCUCAACCUUUUAACUUUUCCAGUGAUUUGGACAUGAUGUCCUAUAGUAUGGUGGGGUAUGCAAAAUAGGGGAACUUUGAGCACCUUUAUCUCUUGAUUGUUUUGGCAUUCAAGUCCAAAAAGUUACUUUUUGAGCAUUUCUACAAUGGGAAAAUAUGUAUGGAAGAUUUUGUUCAAAUCAAAAGGGGUGCCGUCAAAAAGAGAUCGAAUUCAAAUUAAUUUGAGCACUAAGCUGACGACUGAUGGUGAAAUAGUAGGCUAAACACCAACUAGUAAGCUAAAGUUCCAGUUCCUCGCCAUUAAUACUGAAGUGAGACCACAUUUUGUAUUGUGGUUUGUAACAGUGAAUGUCGACCGUAUGGGACAUCUGUCUCACCAACUACCCAUAUUAAAUCUAUUUUCUAGCGACACUGAAUCCCAUUCAGCAAGGCAAUGACGAGCUGAAUGGCCCAUUUAUGAAAUGUUUUCAGACUGUAAUAAGUUCCAGAGACGGCUGCCUGCAACUCCCUCAAAACGCCAUAGAGAAGAAAUGGAAAAGUAAGCACAAACAACCUCAUUGAGGUUAAACCCAGGGACUUAUAAUCAUAGCUUGAAGAUGUGUUGUUCUCUCCCUCAGUGAAUCAUAGGAGAAAUGAAAAGAAAACGAAGUGCCAGUCGCUCUCAAAAUGAAAUGAUUCAUUAUGGAAAUCAGGUAGCCUAUGUGCUACCAAUAUCUGUGGACUUUCAAAACCAACAUUCAUCAUCAUUGAGCAAAAGCAUUUGCUAGAAGACGUCCUGAAUGCUAUAUAAAGAUAUUGGGCCAUAUUUCAAGAAAGCAGGGCUCUACAGUGUGACCAUUUUACUCACAUAUGCACCUAAAUAUUUAGCUGUGUGACCUGGGAUUUGAAAUGUAGGAGCACCAGUGCACCUACAAAAAAAAUUACAACAAUCACCCUGAUGAUUGUUGUUGCAAUGAUUACUUCACUGUACCGCAGCCCCUGAGUCCCAUGGAGAAUACACUGACGCAGAUUCAUGACCGUCAUGCUUGCACCAUUACUACAAAAAAACGCGUUGUUGGAUAAAAUAUUUUUAAUUGUGCUCCUACAUUUCUUUGUGUGCUCCUACAUUUUUCAACGUAGGCACACACGUGCUCUUUGUAAAAAAAGGUCAGUGUAGAGCCCUGGAAAGGUUCAGAAAAAAAUAUUCCAAAGACAAAUGUCUGUUGUGAACUCAUGGUCCUUCUGCCUGAAUGUCCCUGGAUGUUUUUGCCAGGUUUCUCACUGCACUGUGAGGCCGGCGGGGCAGAGUCCUCACAAAACACCCAGCUAUAUGGCGCCCAGACUAGGACUCGCAUUGGAAGAAGAUGUGGAGAGAGGCGAGGGCAAAUUGGGAGGAACUAGAGGGAGUAGCAGAGGACGCGGUGGGGAAUGGGAGGGGCAGUAAAGGUGGGGCCAGGCUUGAAUACUCAAUUGAGGUUUUGUGUUUUCUAGGAAAACUGUGGCGGAAUGGACCAAGAGGGCCUGGAUCAGAGACACCCCAAACAGAAGAGGACGCCGAAAAACAGAGCUCGUCUGUGAGGGACUUUCGACAAGAGAGGAGGGGCUGGAGGGAUAG